UUCUGGCCAGCAACAAAUCCGUUUCCUCAAACCAUUCCGAGUACAACCGGUACGUGCGUUAAAGAGAGAGAGAGAGAGAGAAAGAGAGAGAAGGAGAAAUAGAGAGAAGGAGAAAUAGAGAGAGAGAGAGAAAUAGAGAGAGGAGAAACGUGACGUCACGUGAUUGCGUUCCACUCCCAAGCUGUCGGUGGGUGAAGACAUUUCUGAUUUUAGUCGAAUAUACAAUUUCGGUCUCUCGAUUAAUUUCACAAGCUCGUAUUAUUGUGUUUCAUGAAGAAUAUCGCCAUAGAAUGCAAUUGACAGACGUUGUAUUGUAACGGCAUUGCUGGUUUGUGGAGGAAACAAAAAGAAGAUUUAAAUUUCCAAGGCAAUUGGAUUUGGAUCAUAUUUCUUUUCAACUGGAGGGACAUAUCCGAUUGUAAUGGCAGAAAACAAUUUCCCUCCCCUGCCUCGCUUCAUCCCUCUGAAGCCAUGUUUCUAUCAGGACUUUAACGAGAUCCCAGAUGUACACCGUUCCAUGUGCAAGAAGCUGUACUACCUAUGGAUCUUUAACAGUGCCACCUUGGCGGUCAAUCUGAUUGGCUGCCUGGCGUGGAUGUGCGGCGGGGGCGGGGCCACUAACUUUGGCAUGGCCAUUCUGUGGCUCAUCCUGUUCACCCCCUGUUCCUACGUGUGCUGGUUCAGACCCAUCUACAAGGCCUUCAAGACUGACAGCUCGUUCAACUUCAUGGCGUUCUUCUUCGUGUUCAUGGCCCAGGUGGUGAUCAGCAUCAUUCAGUGUAUAGGCAUCCCAGGCUGGGGCAUCUGUGGCUGGCUGGCUACCAUCACCUUCUUUAGCACCAAUAUAGGCUCUGCUGUUGUCAUGCUGAUCCCCACCAUCAUGUUCACUGCCAUGGCUGUCCUCUCCUUCACCGGGCUCACCAAGGUGCACAACAUGUACCGUGGCACUGGGGGCAGUAUGAGUAAAGCCCAGGAGGAGUGGACCACCGGGGCCUGGAAGAACCCUCACGUCCAGCAGGCAGCGCAGCAGGCCGCUGUGGGGGUGGCGCAGGGAGCCAUGCAGCAGCAACAACCCCAGUACUCACAGGCACCCACCUACAACUACGACGACCCGGGCAUGUAGGGCAGGGUGGAGGAGAGUGUCAGGGUGGGAGAUGGGGGAGUGUGAGAGGGGGGUGAGAUAUAGCCAGGGAGGAGGGGAGGGUGAGAU